AGAUUUUCGCUUGACAUUUCAAACCACCAGAGUUUGAAAACAGAAAGAAAUCCACAGACAAGGCCAUGGAAGGACUGGAUGAGAGAGCAAGAAUCCCUUCAGGAAUCUGUAACUACAGUCCCAAUACACAUCCUCUCUGGGUGUCUCGCCCUGCAGAAGUUCAUCCUCAGAUUAGAGGGGCAACGUGUGGCCGACUUAGAGAAGCAGUUCGAUGAGUCGAUUUGCGAACAUCUCCACGGGUCCAGUGGCGGAAUCUCCGUGCGCACUUCGAUUUGAUAGGUAGGCUGGUAUCUGCCUGACCACCGACAGAUGAUGGGAUAGUGCUGGAGAAUAUACCGCAGUUGGUUUGGUAGGCGAGAGAAUUCGGUUGAUCUGCUGCUAUGGCUGGAAGUGAGCAUGGAAGCCAUAAAGAAGUCGG